AUGAUUGCAACCAACAGUUCAAAAGAAAAUGUCUUCAUAAUAAACAAGGGGGAUGCAAUUCCGGUGCCACUGGGAGGUGUCUCAUGGUGGUUCAACGGCGGAGACUUAGACGUGGUCAUUGUCUUCUUGGGUGACACUACCAAGGCUCAUACACCUGGCCAGUUUACCUAUUUCUUCGUGGCAGGAACCCUAGGUAUCCUGCUGGGUUUAUCAACCGAAUUUGUCAGCAGAGUUUAUAACAUAAAUGAAGAAGAAGCUCACUUGCUCAUGAACAGCCAAACCGGUGUUUUGAUUGUUAAACUUGAAGAAGUUGUGCCAGAUGUUGCGGUGAAAAAUGGCGAAUCGCUCUCUCUGAUCACAUCAGAGAAUUUUCCGGUGCUCGGACAGGUCGGACUCGGUGCAAGGGUAGCAAAAUUGGAAGCUAAUGCCAUGUUGGCUCCCAAGUACACAGCAGAUUCAUUAGUUUCAAAUGGUUUAGGUCGGCAGUGGCAGUGGAAAGACACCAAAGUGCAGGCAGGGAAGCUUUUUGUUGUGCCCAAAUUCUUCACUGUUUCAGUAAUUGCAGAAGGAGAAGGAAUGAGAGUUUUCUCUAUCCAAACAUCUCCAAAGUAA